CAGACGAAACAGUUUCCAAAAUUUUGCAUUUACGAAAACAAAAGUGGGAUUACCUUUUUCCACCAGCCGCACCGCACUCCCACCCCGUCCCCCGGGGCAUUCCCCCAAUCCAGCUUCUUGAACUUAAAACCUGUUUCUUCCGACUUCCAUUCGGAGAUUACACCUCAAAGAUGUCUCCUCUGACUUCAAGAGUGUUAUACAUAUUCCUGAAUUUACUGACUCUGUAUUCCCAAGUCCAGGAAUCGAAGCAGACCACAGAGCACUUCAGGACCUACGUGGAGAACCAUACCAAACAUUCAGAUGACCUGAGUCGGAAGCAGAUCCGAAUCUACCAGCUUUACAGCAGGACCAGUGGCAAACACGUCCAGGUGCUGGCCAAAAAGAUCAAUGCCAAUGGGGAGGAUGGUGGCAAAUACGCUCUUCUUGUCGUGGAAACGGAUACAUUCGGCAGCCACGUGAGAAUUAAGGGCAAAGAGACAAAUCAUUACAUCUGCAUGAGCAAGCGAGGGAAGAUUCUGGGCAAGGUCAAUGGGAAGAGUCGGGAGUGUGUGUUUGUGGAGGAGGUCCUAGAAAAUAACUACACCGCUCUGAUGUCUGCCAAGUACAAGGGCUGGUACCUAGGUUUCACCAGGAAAGGACGGCCCAGGAAAGGAUCAAAAACCGAGCAGAACCAGAGGGAGGCCCAUUUCAUGAAAAGACCCCCCAAAGACAAAGGGGAGCACCAUAGACCUUUCAAAUAUACCACAGUCACUAAAAGGACUAAACGAGCUCGUCACCACAAGACCAGCUAGGACCUGGGGGACCUCUAUUAGCCUGCUGGCUGCCUCGGAUAAAUAUUUGUGUUUGGCUUUUUUUUUUGAAAACUAAAGAUACUUUAUUUUUAUACUCACGAAAGGAACUGCUCUGAAUUGACCUAUAUUUAAUGGGAAACUGGGCGUGGCUCUGUGUAUGUGUGUGUGUGUGUGUGUGUGUGUGUGUGUGUGCGCGCGCGUGUGUGUGUGUGUGUGCGUGGUCUGUGUGUGUGUCAGAGUUAUUUAUAAAGUGGCCAUUUCUCAUCAGCAUCCUGAAAACGAUAGGCCCUUCUUUUUGGCCUGCAGCUAGGCUGUAGUUUAAAAGCUUGAUAGAGACCAUGAAAAAAAACUUACUUUCUGUGGCAUUUGGUUUUGAUCCAGAUUCGGAUGCUCGCAUCCACAGAACGGCACACAGUGCUGG